UAAAUAUUUUUUUACUUAAUUCCAUGGCUGAAAUAGAGAUAUUGUUUGAGAAGGAGAUCGAAGGAGAGCGACCAAGCGGCCAAUUAAAUCCGUUAAAAUAUUAAAAAUAAACCUAUAAAACUAGGCCUAUUGUAUAGGAGGGAUAUGUAAAGAGAAGGCGGGUUGAACGGAAGGCGUCGAGCAUUUGCGUCGAUUUGAAAUGUGUAUACAGUUUGACGGCUUAAGAUGGGGGUGGGGACUGGAGAGGGUUGGAAUGCUUUGAAACAGAUCUUUGUUGAUUUGAAGAGAAAAUAGGCCUACUAAGGCAUCUCACUUCGUCUCUUGGAGUGGACAGGGUAACGAGCGGUGACAGUGGUGGACCGGAUUGAGGAAGAUAUGCCAUGGAAAGACGUCUGACAACAAGCAGGGGUAGCAAAAACAAUCAUAGGCUAUUUGUCUUUAGCCUAAUUUUACAUUGACUGAGUUUAGAUCAUUUGUUGAUGUAGGUCUAGGGAUUUUGGUGACGCUGCAAUCUAGGAAAAUGUGCUGACAGGAUACCGUGGCGUGUACUGUACCCUGUUUUAAGGGAAUAUAGCUGUGGAGGCGCGUCUGGAGGCUGGGCCUCAGGUAGGCCUCAAAACAAGAUGUGACAAUGUGUGCAAAUGAAGACACCAACCAUGCUUUUAAAUGUUGCCUACGUGUAAAAUGUUUGGCAUUUUACAAACCAGCCGGAGAACAAUCACCAUAAAUAUAACCAAACGAAAACGGGCUAGCCUUCUUCAAAUUAUCAAACUUACUAUUUAAUAUUGUUAGGCUAUAUUAAAACAGCAAUAUGCAUGUCGAUUAAAAUAACAAUCUGUAUGCAUGUUAAUAUUAAUAAUCGUAAUAAUGUUAUUACUAUGUGUAUCAGUGCUGUACUUUUUUUCUUGCUAGUAAUAUACACGUAUUUAUGGUAUAAUUUUUGUAUUUAACCUUAGACUGUUUACUUCUAUUUUUGUGUUUAUAGUGGGCUUGUAGAAAUGUAGUAUUAUUAUGAUAUGCUACUACUAUUAUUGUUGUUGAUUUAAGGUGUACUUCUUGAUAGAAAAAACGUUUCAACAAAUUAUUGUAACAGUUAAAUAUUAAUAUUUUAAACUAACAUCAAUAUUGUCACACAUUAGUCAUUCCAUUUGUUCCAAUAUUAGGUCAUAUUUUAAUCAUCAAUGCAAACGUGAAACCUUUUAAAACCUGGAUUUUGCUCGUCCAGGUAUUUGCAGUAUGAUAACCAAUGUCCAAUGUUUUAAAAUCAUGUCAGCAUAUCAUCCAGAUUUCAAAUAUUUAGAUAGGCCUGCCAUCAAACGUUCAUACUAGACUAUUUCAAUAGUUUGCAAACAUGUGGUGUGUGUGUGUCCUGUCAGUGAGUCCCGCGGCAUCAGUUGAGUGUGAUGGCUAACGGCGGAGACUCGUUUGGCCUUCCGGAGCGCGCAGACACAGACUGCUCGGACACACCAAAAGAGAAUAAACCAGAGAAUCAGACGCGCGUGUCCUCACCUCAAACCACCUGCGCACAACAGGGAAUGGAGGGAAUCAAGGUGUAUCUCCAUGAGCGCGAACUCUGGACUAAGUUUAACGAGGUUGAAACUGAAAUGAUUAUCACGAAGGCGGGAAGGAGGAUGUUUCCCAGCUACAAAAUAAAGGUCACAGGGUUAAAUCCCAAAACCAAGUACAUUCUUCUAAUGGACAUUGUUCCCGCUGAUGACCAUCGCUAUAAAUUUGCUGACAAUAAGUGGUCGGUCACUGGGAAAGCUGAACCUGCGAUGCCGGGGAGACUUUACGUGCAUGCAGAUUCUCCCGCCACAGGCGCGCACUGGAGCCGCCAGCUAGUGUCCUUCCAGAAGCUCAAGCUCACUAAUAACCACCUGGACCCGUUCGGUCACAUUAUAUUGAACUCCAUGCACAGAUACCAACCCCGCCUUCAUAUCGUGAAAGCUGAUGAAAACAACGGAUUUGGAUCGAAGAACACCGCGUUCUGCACACACGUGUUCUCAGAGACUGCCUUCAUUGCAGUGACGUCAUACCAAAACCACAAGAUCACACAGCUGAAGAUCGAGAAUAACCCGUUUGCUAAAGGCUUCAGAGGGACAGAGGACAUGGAGCUUCACCGUAUGGCCAAGAUACAAGGUAAGGACUACCCAGUGGUCCCCCGCAGCACAGCGCGUCAGAAGGCUGUAUCCAGGGGGAGUCCUUUCAAGGGGGACGGCAGGGGCCUCGGUUCCCCAGAAGGGCUGGGAGCUCCGUUUCCCUGUGAGAACUUGGUGAGCGGAAGCCCCCAGGAGCUUCCCACCUCCCCUUUGGCCCCCUACGGACUCCCCCAUCCUCACCAACAGGCCUACCACUGCACCAAGAGGACAGCGGACGAUGGCGGUUCUGCAGGAGACCAGCAGCAUCUGUACAGGAAGUCUUUUAUCGAGAGUUCUAGUGAAGACGAAUCCUACUACCGCCCUGCUCCCUACCCUCCUCUCCUCCCCCCUCCCCCCGGGCUGCCACACCAACACCAACCCCCCUUGGGACUCUCUGGUUCCCCUUACAGCCUGGAAGGGGGACAGCGCCAGGCGUGCAUGUUCGCAGGUUCGGAGCCCAGGCUGGAGGAUCUGAGCUGUACGUCUUGGUCCUACGGAUGCCCUUUGACCCCUGCCAUGACCCCUAUGGACCCCUACCCCACCUUCGCUUCCCACACCCCCUACAGCUCCAGCCCUAGGGGCUCUCGGCUCAGCUCUGCAGCCCACCAGGGUUCCCCUCCGCUGGGGGAGUCUCUCUCGCACGACCCCUACCAGACUCAGACCUCAGGACCGCCCGCUCAGACCCCCCAACACCCCCACAGCAGGCAGCUUAGCCCACACCUGGGAGAGUACCCUGGCUACUCCACUAACCUCACCCCUCCCCUCUACCACACACUGGACACACACAGCAGGGGAGGACUCCCAGAGUGGAGUGAAGCCACCUGAUUGGACCAGAAGUCUGUUCGGUAACAGGGCAAAGACUUUUGAUUGAUGGUUAGGGCUUCUACGGUACAUCUGUCACUCACAUGACAGCCUCGGUACUAUCCUGAUGAGAGAUUGCAGUCUGUCGGCGAAGUUGACAGUGUAAAGUGUGCCCAGUCCUAUGCUUUGUGAAGAGAUAUCGAUUGCUGUUUGUGGUCCCCCCCCCUCCCCUGUGCUUCAUGGAUCAUGGGAGUGUCACAGUUAAUUCCUUCCCCCUUUGACUCGGAAACCCUGCGCUCGUAGGAACCUACCACAGUGGAACCUGCGACCCUGGAGGCCGAAGAAAAGAGCCCCCUUAUGGAUCAACAUCUCUUAUGUGUGUAAUGAAUCCCAGCUGAGGGAUGCAAACGUUUGCACUCCAAACUCGGGUUAUCCUGUCCAGAAGUCCCUCAGUGUUUUUUUUGUGGUUCAGUUUAACUUUGUGACAUCAGUCCUCGUCCUACCCCCCCCCCCCCCCCCCCAGCAAACUGAACCCUUCUCCUGACCCGUAUAUAUCCAGUGUGGUGCUGUGUGCUGUCAGUAGACAGUGUUCCUAUCCAGCCAUGCUUCUUAUACUGUAAAGUAAAUUAGCUCAGUUUUCACAGCCCAGCCUGAGGGGAAAUUGAUUUCUACCGUUGUGUGCUGAAGCAAUGCCAUCUGUUUGUGUGUGUCUGUACUGUACAUGUGUGUGUGUGUGUGUGCGAGAGAGAGAGCGAGCGAGCGAGCGAGCGAAGGUUUGUGAGUGUGCAUACGCGUGUGUGUGUGAAUGUCUACAGUAUAUUUGCACAGUGUGUGUGUGUGUAUCUGUUGUGUAUUUGUGUGUGUGUGUGUGUGUGUCAGCUCAGCUCAAGACUGCUGUGUAUUCAUUCCCAGUGAGACAGGCUACAGUGGCUGCAGGCGCUACACCAGAGAGAUAAACAGUUUGUUUAGACCAUGCCAGGGGGGGGUGGGGGGGGGGGGUGCAGGACCUGAACACACUGUUCCCCGUGCAUUCUGGGUAACUGCACAUUGCAGCGUCACACAGCUGUCACCGCUGUCCUCUCUGUCACCCCAAACCGACCAAUAAAAACUGUACUCCGUCCAGAGCUAGCCAAUCAAAGCUCUCCAGUUGUAUCAUGUGUUUGUUGAUGAAUCAUUCAUGAGAUCAGUAUAAGCUCUUGGUAGUUAGAAGGCUCUCCAAAAGGAAAUGUUUUUUUGGGGGGGGAUGUACAUCAUGUCCUCCAGUGACCGCAAAGGAUUUACGCCUGUCUCUUACUGAAAUCCUAAUUGGCCCACUACCCCCACCCCUGCCUCAUCUACUCCCUGCCUCCCUAACUGCCCCCUGUGGUGCUAAAGCGAUUGGCCUUCUUAUUUUCUAUCCAUCUCAUUGUCUCUCUAUCUCUCUCUCUUUCUUUCUUUGCCUCUCUCUCUUUUUCUCUCUGACAUAAUCCCAGACAUUAUAUUGAAGGCUCAAACACGAUGAAGUUUGUUGAUCUUACCGUUUGUAAGGAUCCCUGAGAUGUAGUGCUAGUUUGUUUUUGUACGACCUACAUGUUUCAGAACGACGCUCUCCUUCAUGUGCUGGUAUACAUGGCCAGUUGUCCAUUAUGCACUCUGAUUAAGGACCUACUGGUGCACACACUGGUGACAGAACGCGGCAGGCAAAGAAGGCACGUGUGUGUGCGUGUGUGUGUGUGCGUGUGUGUGUGUGUUUGGAGAUGUGGGUGUGCGCAAUCAAUUGAAAAGGUCUUUCCAGGAAGUGCUUUUUGUUUAUUAUUGUUCUUGUUUAUAGUAUUUAUUAAAAUGUCUUUUGUUAGUCUAGUUCUGUGGUGAAAUUGUUAACUGAUAGUGUUUGAGGUGUUUUAAAGUUAUUAUAAAUAUUUGUUUCUUGCUCCUCCCUUCCUUCCCUAUUGGCCACAGCCUGUCAUAAUAACUGAGUUGUUAAAUAUUCCAUUCUGAUGUACAUAAACACGAAUUUAUACAUAGAACUGAAAUAAAUAUAAGAGCAUUUUGAAAAUUC